CCUUCUCUUUUAACGAUUGCUCUGCUUGGCUGAAUAAAUGGAUGAGGACAAAUAUUUGAAUUACUGUUGGGGGGAAGAAUUCCCAAACUAACUCAGAGGCACAGGUCUGUGAAAUUUGAUCUUGAAACCAUAAUAUAACCUAAGGCUGUGUAAAUAAUGCCUCACUCUCAGGACAGAGAAGACAAUGCAGGAGGAAUUGUUUGCAAGACUAUCCAAGGGAUUUGUCUCUCCCCUGAUGUUCAGGCUGUUUUACUAGAAGUUGGGUGCUUGACCCUGCCUUCUGCUCCACAACAUGAACGACAGCAGGGAAGAAGAAUUAUCUUGGAACAUGGAAGAACAAGGACUAAGUGCAUCAAACAUUUCCAGAAAUUCACAAAUGUUCAUGGGUUAUUUCAUCGCUGCAGCUGCAAACCUGCUUGUGGUCACGGUCAUGCUGUCUCUGGGAUGCACUAUGGAGAUUUUGGAAAUAAAAAAGCAUCUCCUAAAGCCAAAAGGAAUUGGAAUUGCUUUAUUUUCCCAGUUUGGAAUCAUGCCCCUUGCAGCCUUCAGUCUAGCCCACGUAUUCCAACUGAACGCGAUAGAGUCGGUCACCGUUCUGAUAUGUGGAUGCUGCCCUGGAGGAGUGCUUUCCAGUGUCUUCAGCUUGGCAUUAAAGGGUGACAUCAACCUCAGCAUUUUGAUGACUACUACUUCAACUGUCCUUGCUCUUGGAAUGAUGCCUUUGCUCCUCUUCAUCUACAGUCUUGUACUGGACAUGGAACCGAUACAUAAUGCUGUUCCUUUGGAAAAGAUCAUAGAGAUUUUGGUACUGACAGUCUUUCCUUGUUGCAGUGGUAUUUUGAUAAAUACCAAGAGACCCCAAUAUUCGGGCUGGGUUGUCAAGAUUGCUGUGGGGAUUUCUGCUGUUGUGUCGAUCUUAAUUGUCACUCUAUCUUUUCUCUACAUGAGAAGCGACAUCUUUCUAAUCCUUUCUCCGCCACUUCUAUAUACAUCUGGGCUCAUGACACUGAUAGGUUACGUUCUUGGAUACAGCAUAUCUGCAGCCUUCAAGCUCAAUGGACAGUAUCGGCGUACUGUCAGCAUGGAAACUGGAUGCCAAAAUGUCCAGCUUUGUGCCACUAUUCUCCAGGUCUCCUUUUCUCCAGGAGUACUUGGUCCAAUGUAUGCCUUUCCUUUCCUUCAUGUAACACUUCAAAUUCUGGAAGGACUUCUUCUGAUUUUAGCAUUCCGUCUCUAUCAAAAAAUAAAGGCUACAGAUGCCACAACUAUUCUACAUUUGCUUGAAAACUACAAUUAUAUUAUCUCAUCCCCAUGGGCACAGCCUUUCAUUUGAUCAUUGACUCUUUUAACACUUGCGGUUCUAAACACUCAGAGAAAACCAUCUGCUGCGUCCUGCGAAGUGCACUGCUGCUGUAACCGGGAAGAAUGACCACUAUGGCAAAUCACGCCAAUGGUACCUAUGUUGCAACAUAGCUCCACUCUAUUAAUUAAAAAGACUAUUUUCUUUUAUAUUAGGGUUGACACCUAAGUGGUAUUUAACUGGCCUAGCUGGGGCCAUAUAGGUUGUUAAAUUUGUAAUUACCUGUUGUUCCACCCUUUAAGUCACUGAUCUGCUCCUUUUACUUCAUUGCCACAUGCCUUUUAUGACAUUGCCCCACCCGCCAAUCUCCUAUCGACACAAAUAAUAUUUUUCAACAAGAAAUUUGGCAACACAACCUAAAGAAGAUUCCUCAGAUGAACUGGCGGCUGCGAUAAUACUACUUAAUAUGCAUUUGCAUAUAAUGGAGAUAUGUAAAUAAAGCAUCCAAGUUCAUUUUGGAAAGUA